CAGUUGUCCUGCUUUUGCUUAUCGCCCUACGGCACGGUAACAAUUCUGGCUUUCUUCAUUCAAGGACAGGCAGAGGAGGGGAAGAGCCUGGGGGAGAGGCGCUGAAGCAAAGCCGGCUUGUGAACUGGAAUCGCCAGAGCGUCUGUCGGCCGCUCGUGGGAUUUGAAUCUUGCUGGUCAUACUGAGCUUGACUCAGAACAGUGAGUUGGUAGUAGUUUCCCAUCCAACAAAAUAAAAGACACCAUGAAGACCUCAGACAUUUUCCUUCUUCCUGCUGUGCUCCUCAUGUUUCUCUUCCACUGCUGUCUUGCACAGAGCGAAUCCGACCUAGUAGUACUAACAAGGUUGGGCCGUGUGCAGGGUGUACGCUUGCCUGUUCCAGACCGUAAUCAUGUGAUUGCUUUCUUGGGCAUCCCAUACGCUGAACCUCCUAUUGGGAAGAGACGUUUCAAAAAAGCAGAGCCCAAAAAACCCUGGAAUGGAAUCUUUGAGGCUAGAGACUACCCAAAUGCCUGCUAUCAAUUCAUAGACACCUCUUACCCAGGCUUUCCAGGUAUCGAGAUGUGGAACCCCAACAGAAUGAUGAGUGAGGACUGCCUUUACCUUAAUGUGUGGGUACCUCCUACCCCUAGGCCCCAGAACCUCACAGUAAUGGUCUGGAUAUAUGGCGGCGGUUUCUAUAGUGGCUCCUCCUCUCUUGAUGUCUAUGAUGGCCGGUACUUGGCUUACACAGAAAAGGUAGUGGUUGUGUCUAUGAACUAUCGUGUUGGAGCUUUUGGAUUCCUCACCUUCAAUGGCUCAUCCGAAGCACCAGGAAAUGUGGGUCUCCUUGACCAGAGGCUGGCCCUUCAAUGGGUCCAAGAAAACAUCCACUUCUUCGGUGGUAACCCAAAACAGGUCACCAUUUUUGGAGAAAGUGCUGGGGGAGCAUCAGUUGGCAUGCACGUUCUGUCACCGGACAGCCGCCUGUUCUUCACUCGUGCCAUAAUGCAAAGUGGUGUUCCUAACACCCCCUGGGCUACUGUUAGCUUUGAUGAGGCCCGCCGGAGGGCCACCUUGUUGGGCAAACUUGUUGGCUGCAGCGAGGGUAAUGAUACUGAACUGGUUGACUGCCUGAGGAACAAACAUCCACAGGAACUAAUUGAUCAGGAGUGGCAAGUUCUCCCCUAUAGCAGCCUGUUCCGCUUUUCCUUUGUGCCCGUCAUAGAUGGCGUUUUCCUUCCAGACACCCCAGAAGCCAUGAUUAACUCGGGUAACUUUAAAUACACUCAGAUAAUGUUGGGUGUAAAUCAGGAUGAGGGAUCUUACUUCUUGCUGUAUGGUGCGCCGGGAUUCAGUAAAGACAAUGAGAGUUUGAUAUCUCGAGAAGACUUCCUUGAAGGUGUGAAGAUGGGUGUUCCUCAUGCUAAUGAGAUUGGCUUGGAGGCAGUUAUCCUUCAGUACACUGACUGGAUGGAUGAGAACAACCCCCAGAAGAAUCGAGAUGCAAUGGACGAUAUUGUAGGAGAUCAAAAUGUCAUCUGUCCUCUGCAGCACUUUGCAAGGUCAUACGCUCAGCACGCUAGUCUCCAUUCCCAACCGGGAUCUGCAGCUCCUGGGACACUAGGCUGGGCAAACUCAGGACUAACAAACUACAACAGUGCCAACUCAAAUGGUGCGGUGUACCUUUACCUGUUUGAUCAUCGAGCCUCAAACUUGGCCUGGCCAGAGUGGAUGGGAGUAAUCCAUGGUUAUGAGAUUGAAUUUGUGUUUGGCCUGCCAUUAGAUAAACGACUCAAUUAUACUGCAGAAGAAGAGAAACUCAGCCGACGAAUGAUGAGACACUGGGCCAAUUUUGCCCGUACCGGUAAUCCCAACAUCAACAGUGAUGGCAACAUGGACAGUCGGAAAAAGUGGCCUCAGUAUACUGCUACUGACCAAAAGCUUGUGAGCUUGAACACAGAGCCACUGAAGGUGCACAAGGGUCUAAGAACACAGGUUUGUGCUCUGUGGAACCGCUUCCUGCCUCGUCUGCUUAACAUUACAGACAACAUUGAUGAUGUUGAGAGGCAGUGGAAAGUGGAGUUCCAUCGCUGGAGCUCCUACAUGAUGCACUGGAAGAGCCAGUUCGACCAUUACAGCAAGCAGGAGCGCUGCACAGAUCUUUAGAUAAAUCUGACAUAAAUGUAAGAAAGAGAAAACUGAUGACCAUAACCCUUAAUAGUCUCUUUUUCAGAACGGCAAAGGUUGCCAAAGCUUUUUCUUUGAUUGCGGUCUCAGAGCAGGCAUGAAAAUUAAUUUGUGAAUGUUGCACUUUUAUUCCUCCCUGUGUCAGAUAUUAUUCUUAUCAACCAAUUAUAUUAUGUGACAAAAUAUAUUUGUGGUAUCUUCCAAUAUAUAUGUAGAGGAGGAGAAUUCAAGCUGCUAUUAGAGAUUAUCAUGUGCUACGGUCAUCAAAUGUAUGUACCAGAAAAAAAAUGUUAUAGUUAUAUUACCUCUAAACAGUGAGCGUGCAUGUCUGUUCCACUGGAACCUAGAAACCCUCAUUUACACUGGUCCUCAGGAUCCUACUUUUUUAUUAUUUAUGUUUGUUUUUAUCCUUUCUUAUAGGCUUACAUUUAUAAAGGCUGCUUCACAGUACAUUUCUCUCCACUCUGUAUCUGACGCAUCUACUCAGUAUUUCAUGUGCUAGUUUAUCCCAGUUAUUGUGUGAGCUUGUCUGCCGUCCCUGCUUUCUGACUGUGGUCCAACUCAAUAUACUAAUACUUCAUGCAGAAACCAGGAGCCAUUUAAUUUCAUGUAUGUUGUCUAACUGUUCUGAAUUGUUUCUGUGUGGGCAAGUCUUUGUGUGUGUGUGUGUGUUAAUGUACUAAUAUUUAAAACUAUUUUUUUUUUCGUUUGCUACUUACAUUGCAUGCAUUCUAGUGCCCACAGCAUGACUCUUCUUGUAUGAGAGACAAAGUCUGUGUUUACCAUAUACCAACUACUUAGAUCAAUAUAUGCAUUUAUAUGUGAAAUAUUGCUAGUGAAUUCACCUCUUCUUAGUUCAGAUAUCAUAUGGGCAUUGUACGUUUGAAUGUUUAAUCUUAGACAGAGAAAGUGAGCUUGGUGAGUAAGACUAAUGUUGACUGUGUGCCAAAGGGUCUAUUUCAUGUUUUUCCCUUGCCGUCUCCCUUUCUCGAUGGGAAAGACAUUUCAUUACGAUAAUGGAGGGAGAGUAAUUUACUUAGUGCUCAUUUGAAAUGACAGCCCACUGUGUCAGCCAUCUUAACUCAAGCCCUACCUUCACCCAUUUGAUGCAGUGGGAGGAUGAUGGAGGAAAACACAGGCAAGGGAAAGCUGUGAGGACAAACAAGAAUACAAAGUUAUAAAAGGCACCUCCUAUCAUGUUCUAUAUUUAUUGAAAUAUUUGGUGUAUUUUUUUUUAAAGUAAAUUAUUUGCAUGGUCGCAUCAGGUAUUGAAUCAACUUAUGUGGGGUGUUUUUAGUUAGCUUGAAAAAAAAAGAGCAAAUAUUUUAUUUUUUUGUGUAUUUAUUCAUUACGACUUUGGAAUUGCAUACAUAUAUUUGCAUUUUGCCUGUGAAUCUGGAUCAAACAUUAUUUUGUAUUUUACUGUCCAAUCAUUCUUUCAUUUACACUGUCCCAGUGCACAUAUUAAUGUUUAUUAGGAACAUGCUGAAUUUGGGAAUGCUAGUCUAUGCUGGUCUCAUUAACUUCCUGUCAGCCUGUUUUACUAAAUCUAGUGUUUUUGUCUAGAACCAUUCAUCUAGUGUUCUGUUAACACUGUGGAAGGGAUCUGACUCAGUGCUGUUAAGACAACAGGUCUUCCAGCACAGAACGACUGGUCAGUAACCUCUGAAUAUGACUGGAAUAAUAUAGAUUAUCUUUAAACAAUGCCAUUUAAAUGGAAAUAAUAUAUUGUACUAGCUAGACAAGAGUCAUGUGGGUACGGUAUGAUUAUGCGUGUUUGUUUAUGGGUCUGAAUGACAGCUGUUUUUCCUUCCACUCCAUGAAAUCCCCUUGUGCAUGCCCUUAACUCCCCCUCCUCUACAUUACGUGCUUUAAAAAUCGACUGUUAUCCUCUCUGACAAUAUUAGUGCUGAUGUCUGUUAAUAAUACAUUUAUGGCUAUAAAAACAUUAAAAUAUCCCCAAUAUAGAUUUUAAUGUUAGCAAUAACAAAAUACACUUAAAAUUGAAUAUUUAUUUUAAUUCAUUGAUGCUCAUGUAAUGUCACUGACUUGACUGAUCAAAACAGUGGUCAUGAAUUUACAGCGAUGAUCAUGGGUAUUAUAACUGUCUGUAAAUCAACUGUUUCUUCAAAGCAAUAUAGAGUGCCAUGCUAUUUUAUAGAUUUUUUUCUUCUUCCGUUUUUAAUGUUGCUGUAUGUCAAACUUGCAUCAACUUUAGUAUGGCUUUGUAAGCUUUCUAAUUUUAAGACAUUUAGGCAAGCAACUUAGUUGCCAUUAAGGAUACCUGCCUCUUAGGUUUAUCACAAAGAUACAAUGUUAUCUAUAAAUAUUAUAUUGUAAAUCCAUAUUAUUCUACCCCAAACAUAUGUAGAACAUAGCACAUGGCUAAACAAACAUAUUAUGUUCUGCAUUUGUUGCACUUUGACAACAUACUUAUAAUAAUAACAAUCACUGUUAUUGUUGUUCUUGUUGUUAUUUAUUAUUAUUAAUAUUAUUAUUAAUUUGGUCCAAAAAUUUCCCGCUGUUUAAUUAGUGCCAAACAUGUAAAGUGACAGCAUCGUGCAAAUCCUCCACAUGGUGUUUAUUUGUCAUAUCCGCCCUCUCUGGGCACCAUACCAGAAGCUUUCCAACGCAACCUCAAUAAACAGUUACUGACUUAAUUAAAGAAAA